AUGAAUCGCGCUUUUGACUCUUACUUUGGACCACCAUCGGAGCCCAUCAAUGUCGCAGAUUUUUUACAGCAAGCAAACUCUGCGGUACUAUCAGGAUCCUUUACCAAUGCCUCAUGGGAGCAGCUAACUUCCGAGCAUAGAAAUGCCGUCGAAGCAGAGAUCAAUGAAAGCAUUUCAGACCUCAGGUCAUCUCUUGAACAAGUAUGGGACAACCCUAUAUUGUCAGCGCACGUACUACGCCAGCACGAGUCUACAGUAGCAUUCGUGCGCAGCCAAGCAGAUACACCAGCACCGAAAGGAAGAAAGCGCAAACGCCAUGACGCUCCGGAAGGUAGCGAAUAUGCACAAGAAGUACUACAACUCCAAGAGAAGCUUGACGGUGUCAACCUCAGGUGUUGGCAAUUAACCAUGGAGUCAGCGCUUUGUAUGCGUGCUGCUAAAAAUUCUGACUACAACGCGCUCGACGCACCCAAGAAGGCGGGAACAGGCGUCCUCCAUACCCUUGACCUUGAUCACGGGAACAUCGGCGGGACGCAUAGCUCGACACCAGACUCUCUCAGGAGCCCCAGUCCCAAUGCAAUUCCAUAUCCAAACGCUGUCAUUUCGCUGACAGUUUACAAUCGUAUCUCUUAUCUUCCAAGCUGCCUUACGCGCUCCUCACAACACGCCGUACUGUCAACACAAACAUUGGGUGAUCUACUGCGCGUCCUGCCGUGUGCUUCCAGUAAUAUACCGAUGGAAGAACUAGACGCUGAAGGGGAUAUAUCUGGCUAUAAUGUCACCGAUCAAACAGGAGAGCAUGCCGGGUGUUUGUUCUCCAUAGAGGACCGCAUCUACGGGGACGGGGGAGAAAAUGACGAUUAUGCAGAAAAACUAAUCGCUCACUUCCAAAAACUCCCCCAAGACAAACGACCACAAGUCAAAAAAGCGUUGACCUCGGCCAAUGAAACCACAUUCAACGUGCUCACGCUAAGAAUGCAUCAACCUUACUGGAUACUACACCAAAGCAACUGCGAACACUUUUUCACCAUCGAUCAGAUCAGGCAUGCACCGUUCCGUUCUAAUCCCAUGAAACCCCUAAAUAUCAUAUACAGGCUCGCACACGCUUCAGAUCCGCCAUCAGGCUAUCCAUUAACGCUCCACCUCGCCCCAACAGUUCAAGAUCUCUGCCGUGCCUGUGGGAAAGUUCCAGCCGUACAUUCUAUUGUGGGUGAUAUACGUCUUGGUGAAAGUCCGUGCCUCUUGUGUGGACCUUGUUGGCGCACGAUGGGACCUCCUAAAAAUACUCAAGGCGUGAUGGUUGUGCCUCUCGUAAUACCUUUCGUAAAUCACUAA